CAGUCUGGCAGAACAGGAGCGAGCGACGCACCUCUGAUCCGUCCGACCCGCAGAGAAACCUUUAAAAACAGAAAUGAGUGAAUCAGCAGAGGCUGUGGCUGCAAUCCUGAAAAGCAGCCGACAUGUCGCCGUCGAGAUCACCAACCUGACCAACAACAUCUGCCUCGUUAACCCCAGAGUUUACCUGGACAGCGGCAGCGUCACCAGCCCUCCCCAGCCCACCAUCCGCCCGCUGAAGACCGAGGUCUGCAUCUUCAGCAAGAAGAGCGGCAAGGCCACGGGGGCGGUGGGCGUCCUGACCUACGACCUGUUCGAGAGGCAGAGCAACAGCGCCAAGCAGACGGCGGCCGUCAUGUUCUCGGUGCCGUACGACUACAACAUGUACAAGAACUGGCUGGCCCUGGGGAUCUACGAGGAGGGCAGGGCGUGCAACGAGGCCCUGUUCAAGGAGAUGUACUACAACAAGGUGCAGCAGGGCUUCAAGCGGCAGGAGGCGAACGGCUGCGGCCUCACCUUCGAGGGCCGGUACCUGGACAUCAAGGCCACCAUGUGCCCCAUGGGCCGGGCCAUCAUGAAGGUGGAGCUCUGGGACAAAGUCUUCUCUCAAAUGUCUCAGCAGCAGUAUUACUGAGCUGCUCACAUGAAGUGUUCACCUGUCUUACCACACCUGUUCAUGCAAUAAAGACAUGAUGAGCGAAAACACAA